GUAAAGAUGGAGCCCUCACUGGAGUCCUCCUCUCCUCUCCUGCUACAGACUUUAUGGGACAAGAUAAGAGCACAAGAAGACUUUCUCCGCUCUCCCUUGUUCCCUGUCCUGUUCUCCAUGACACUCUAUCUGAGCUGCUGCCUGCCUUACAUGUGCCUGGACACCCUGUCCUCCAGAGUAGCCCUGGUGCACCGCUACAAGAUUCAGUCACAUAGCAGGGUGACCUGGGCAAUGGCAUGGAGCUGCCUGGCUACCUCCCUGCACACCCACGCUGUGUUCAUUUUCCCCCUCAGUGUUCUGCACUGGUACUGGAGACCAGUGGUCCUCCCUGCCCAAGCUCCUGGGGCUCUUCGUGUGGCCUGGGAUGUGUUAGCCUGUCUCCUCCUCUUUGACCUGCAGUACUUUGUGUGGCACGUGCUGCACCACAAGGUGCCCUGGCUCUACCGGACUUUCCAUAAGGUGCACCACCGCUACACAGCCACCUUCGCCCUGACCACAGAGCACUCUGGGAUCUGGGAGACCCUGAGUCUGGGCCUGUUUGCUGCAGUGAACCCUAACCUGCUGGGCUGCCACCCGCUCACCAAGAUGCUCUUCUUCACCCUGAACAUCUGGCUGUCUGUGGAGGACCACUCAGGUUAUGACCUGCCCUGGGCCCCUCACAGACUGGUACCCUUUGGGCUCUAUGGCGGAUCUCCGCACCACGACCUCCACCAUCUCAAGUUCAUGGUCAACUACGCACCCUACUUCACACACUGGGACAGGCUGUUCGGCACGCUGUUGCAUACAGACAAACCAGACACGCAUGAUGUAGAUGUGUUGGAUGCUUCAAAAAGAUGUGAUACAGCAUCAAGUGGUGUGACUGAUGUAAGCCAUGCACCAGUGUAUGAGGCUACACAAAGCUGUGUGAAAGACUAUGAGGUAAAGUUCAGAGGAAAAUGAGGAAGACC